GUAACCCAUAACCCCAAAUAUAUAUAUUUUUAAUGCAUAUAUAAAUAUUUUGAGUGACUGAGAAACGAUAGAGCAAGAAAAUUUCACCAACAUUACAAAAGUUUCUCUCUCAUUUCUUCAUCACUUGCACUGCUCUGUUUUUUCUUUCCUCAUUUUGAAUAGUUCUCAAACUUGUGUUUUGUUUUUCCCCUGAAGCUUAUUUUCUCCAUUUGCAAUAAUCUCGGGAUCCGAAUCCAAUAAAAGAGCAAUCAGAAUAUUAUAGACCUGUACGAUACUUUUGUGCAUAAGCUAGACACAAUGGCAGAGGAAUACUACAGCCUCCGCUCGGAGAGAGUACCUCAGCUUCUUGUCCCUAACUCGGAGUCUGACUCAGCGAGUGACAAAAACGAGAAGAAGACGAAACGUGCCAGAGACUCCGGUAAGCACCCGGUUUACCGCGGCGUGAGGAUGAGGAACUGGGGGAAAUGGGUGUCGGAGAUUCGUGAGCCGAGGAAGAAGUCACGUAUCUGGCUAGGAACUUUCCCGACUCCGGAGAUGGCGGCGCGUGCACACGACGUAGCUGCUCUGAGCAUAAAAGGAACAUCAGCUAUACUAAACUUCCCUGAACUCGCUGACUCAUUCCCUCGACCAGUCUCGCUUAGCCCUCGAGACAUUCAGACAGCAGCUCUCAAAGCAGCUCACAUGGAGCCAACGACGACUUCGUUUUCAUCUUCCACGUCGUCGUCCUCUUCUCUGUCUUCCACGUCUUCGCUUGAGUCUCUUGUUUUGGUGAGGACCGAGUCAGAGGAGCUAGGUGAGAUCGUGGAGCUGCCAAGUCUUGGAGCGAGUUACGACGUUGACUCGGCUACGCUUGGGAACGAGUUCGUGUUCUCUGACUCAGUAGACUACUGUUUAUAUCCGCCGCCGUGGGGACAGUCGUCAGAUGAUAACUACGGUUACGGAGUCAUCCCUAACUUUGGCCAUGGCUUGUCAUGGGAUCUUUAACAGUUUUAUUUCUAUGUCAUCACUAUAAUUAUAUAAUGUUAUGUUUAAUCUCUUUUUUAAAA